UCUGCAUUCUGUUGGGGGUAGCUGCUGAGCUGCCCUGGGAUCUGGAAAAGAACAGGAACAAGUGUGAUUACGAAGCCCUGUGCAAUAAACCGAAAGGGAGUUAUACACUCGGAACGAAUGAGUCUGUAUGUGAAAAGCCGACAGGAGGAAGAGGAGGAUGAUGAAGAAGAUGACGUGGUGAGGAUCUCGGAUUAUGGAGAUAGAGAAUCCUUCACGGAUGGGGACCCAGGGACUGAAGAAGACGAAGAAGUCUUAGACUUUACUGAUCCAUUCACUACAGAGGUGAAGCCAAGAAUUCUUCUAAUGGGAUUACGGAGAAGUGGCAAGUCUUCAAUUCAAAAAGUGGUGUUCCAUAAAAUGUCGCCCAAUGAGACACUUUUUCUAGAAAGUACCAAUAAAAUCUGCAGAGAGGAUGUAUCCAACAGCUCAUUCGUGAACUUUCAGAUUUGGGAUUUUCCUGGACAGAUUGAUUUUUUUGACCCAACAUUUGACUAUGAAAUGAUUUUCAGAGGAACAGGAGCACUGAUAUUUGUUAUAGAUUCGCAGGAUGAUUACAUGGAAGCCCUUGCUAGACUUCACCUAACUGUGACUAGUGCAUAUAAAGUGAACCCAGAUAUUAAUUUUGAGGUAUUUAUCCAUAAAGUGGAUGGUCUGUCAGAUGACCACAAAAUUGAAACCCAAAGGGAUAUCCAUCAGCGGGCUAAUGAUGAUCUUGUGGAUGCUGGACUGGAGAAAAUCCAUCUCAGCUUUUACCUCACCAGCAUUUAUGACCAUUCAAUCUUUGAAGCUUUCAGUAAAGUUGUACAGAAAUUAAUUCCACAGCUUCCAACAUUAGAAAACCUGCUGAACAUCUUUAUUUCUAAUUCCGGUAUAGAAAAGGCAUUCCUGUUUGAUGUAGUCAGUAAGAUAUACAUUGCAACAGACAGCACUCCGGUGGACAUGCAGACCUAUGAGCUAUGCUGUGAUAUGAUUGAUGUAGUUAUUGAUAUCUCAUGCAUUUAUGGGCUGGAUGGAGAGGGGACACCUUAUGACAAAGAAUCCCUGGCAAUCAUAAGGCUUAACAACACUACGGUUUUGUAUCUGAAAGAGGUGACAAAAUUCCUAGCUCUUGUGUGUUUUGUUCGAGAAGAGAGUUUUGAAAGGAAAGGAUUAAUUGACUACAAUUUUCAUUGCUUUCGCAAAGCUAUUCAAGAAGUAUUUGAAAUCCGAGUUAAAGUACUGAGAUCUCGAAAACAUUUGAACCACAUAAGGAGCAGAAGGUUGUCAGCUGUGAAUGGUACAUCAAGAACUCCUUCCCAGACCUAGAGAAGUACACAAACUGUUCGAAGCAGUGACAGUUACUUCAAUGUUAUUACAUUACAAAAACUGUUGAAGUAAUUCACACAUUGGUGUGUUCAGGAGGCGCUGGCAAAAAACUGGUCGAGAGCUCACUUGGUCUCAGUAAAUAUUUAUUUACUAGGCAUAAAAAAUAACAAAACUAGUACAUAUCAACAAAGUGGCUUUGAUGUCUCUGACAUGCCGAACGCUUACUGAGGCGCUUAAUCAUGAGCCAAUGAUGAUUAGUCACAAUGUGUGAAAAAGUUUCACAAUGUGUAAAGUAAACACUUAAAGCAAUGAAUGUCAUUACAUAAAAAAAAACAAAGCAUUGAAUCUAUUUUUCUGCCUUCCUGUUAUAUUGUUAUGUUUUUACAAAAUGUACAUGUAUUUUUCUUAGCAUGCUAAAAAAUACGCAGUGUUGUGUUAUUUAAGUAUACAUAUACAAAAAAUAUAUGAUUGACAUUGUCAUUUUUCAAUCAUAAUUCACCUUUUUGGGCAAUCACUUAAAUCAUUAAGCCAGUUUUUUUAAUUAUUAAAAAAAAGUUAUUUCCAAACAUUAACUACAGCAUGAAUACAGAAAUGCAUUUCACUAAACUGCAGUCUACUUUUCUUUUUACAUUAAAAGUAUUAGAUUUUGUAUAGUAUUUUAAAUCAUUUCAUUUUUGUAACAGUUGUGUUAAGUCUAAGAUGAUUAAAAAGAAGAGAAAAA